UCGCACAUUUCCCCAUCUCCAUCUCCAUCUCCAUCGGCGGCGGCGGCUCGAGCAGAGGAAAGGAAGCCGAGGCGACGAUGUCGGCGACUACGGCGGCGGUGCCCUUCUGGCGUGCAGCGGGGAUGACCUAUAUCGGCUACUCCAACGUCUGCGCCGCCCUGGUGCGGAGCUGCCUCAAGGAGCCCUACAAGUCCGAGGUCGCCUCCCGCGAGAAGGUCCACUUCUCCCUCUCCAAGUGGUCCGACGAAAAGCAGGAGAAGCCCACUCUCCGCACAGAUGAUGAAUGAAGAUCUGGUGCCAUUGUGACGUAGUCCAUCCUGAAGAUGUUUUGAAAUGUUCUUUGCCUUGCAAGCCUUUGUACCUGGAACUUGCUGUUAUCUGGCUGGACUUUACAGUCAAUGCUGAAGAAUAAAUUCCUUCUGUGAUAAUGGAUCUAUUCUGACACAAUGUUAUUAUUAUUACGUUACUUAUUUGUCC